AGCAUAUUAGUUUUUCGAAAAAUCAUGACUUAAUACUCAGGCCUAAUCUACUAUUAUGAAAUAAUUUAAUUAAUUACAUUACUGCCACUUCUAUAUGUGUUUUAAUUAAUGACAUUAUGGAUGGUUUAAUUCACGCGGCAUUGGAAGCUGAGGUAAUUCUUAACCGGGCAAAACAUGUGAAUUCAAAUUUAUCACAAUUUGGCAGUGGUGUCACAGAGCAUAAAAUGACUUGGACCCAUGAUAAGAUGCAUCUUGCAGAAUCAGUGGACGAUACUAGAAUGAAAUUUCAGAGAAAUUCGGUUGGUUCAGCAUCUAAAGCUACUGAAAAAUUUGACCUGUUCAAAAAGCUCCAUGAACUUCACAAUGAGUUAAGCAGAGAUGAAUCUUUGCAGGCCAACUAUCAAGGUCUUAAGACAACAUCUUAUCUAUUGGAAAAAUUAUUAGCCAAUUACAAUUUAAAUACACUAAUAAUCAAUUUAUACCCUGGUAAUAAAGGGUAUUCAUUAUCUCUGAAAGUUAAUGGAAAUAUGCAGUGUUUGAACCCACCAGAUGGCCAUACUUCAGCGACUCAAGAUGAAACUUUAAUAGAAACUCCUCGAUGGCCAUAUGAAGAGGAAGAGCUGUUAAGUUAUAUAGACAAUGAAGAGUUACCUGUUAUGCUGUUGGACUUGCUGGAAUCAGAACACUCCUGUCUCUUUUAUUCGGGAUGUAUCAUAGCGCAGAUUAGAGAUUACAGACAAGCAUAUCCCAGUUUUCUUUGUGAUACACAUCAUGUACUUUUAAGGCCCACCAAUCAGAGCAUUAUAACUGAUGCUAUGUGCAUCGGAGGUCGAUGUGGCUGGUCAGGUGAAGAGCGGAGUGCAUUAGAGGCAGUAGAGGCGGCUUUGGUGCACGCGGCCGCGCCCCCCUUGUGCCUCGACCCGCGCCCCGCUGUCGGCUUGCUCGCCGCUCGGCUCCACGCUGCCCCUAGAUUAUUUAAUACGCCUCGAAUAAGGAGACAAGCUAAAAAAUUCUCACAGGUAGCAGUAAAUAGGAAAAGAAAAUUAGAUCAAUUUACACAUUACCAUGGAUUAGAAUUAUUAGAUUUAAUACAUCGGCAAAGAGCGAAAAGCAGUAGACAAUCAGUACCUCACACGCGACUUACAUCCAAAUAUCCUAAGAAACCACCAGAGGUGUUCAAGCCAAUAGAGCCUCCUAAGAUGGAGCCUUUACCUUUAGCGCUGCCAUCAGAACCUAGUAGUCCGCUUCGUCUUGCUCGUGCUUACGAAAGACCUCGGGCGAUACCUGACUGCCAACCUCAGCUAGUCGAAGAAUAUAUCCUGGAGACUGAAAAGACAUCACCCCAUGCAGGCGCUGGGUACUUCCACAUAAAACUCUCUAUACUACAAAGGCCGUCCGACCAAGAAUUCCUAGGAGAGCUAUACGUGGACAGAGACCACGUUGAAGGAGAGAGAAACGGUGCAGCCUGCCGAUUUACUUUAGGAUCCAGAGUACAAGCGAAUAAGUAUAUACAACAGUUUACGGAGAUAUUUACGGAAGAAGGUCGCAAAUCUGUUAGAAUAAAACAUAUUGUUCCAGGACAGUUACCGAGAGUUUCUUUCACUGGUGGCAUGAGAGAAUUGCAAAGAAACGCAGCCGCCGCAGCUGCAGCCGCUGCAAACAACGCCACCGUGCAAACGCACACCGCAAUUGUACCGGUCGUAACCACAGCUGCGUCCGCAACUACAAAUACUCACAGCAAUGCCCGAGCUCUUCCUAUACUGCAGGCACAGCUACAGCAAGCUGCCACCGUAAGCGGAGUAGGAAACGUCGUGGCCAGUGUGGGCACGAUAGGAAACGUGGGCAGCGUUGGCAGCGUGGGCAACGUUGGCAAUGUUGGCGGAGUUGUGACCAACGUGGGCACGGUUAGCGGCGUCGUCGGUAACGUCGUCGGCUCCGUGAACACGAAUACAGAUACCGCAUUAAAACAACAACCAUCUCCUACAACGCCCCGUUUGUCACCACAGCAGGCAUCAACGAAUCAGCUAUUAGCGCAACAGCUAACGAAUCCCCCUCAGCCGCUCAACACGCCCAAGAUGCAGUCAGCAAUAAUACACAUACAGCACCCUCUGAUGUCAACGGCGAGCGCUACUCAGGUACAAAAUAUUCAAUACACGAACACAUCGACGACACAACAGAAGACGACCGCCGCUAAACCAAGAACAACGAAUCCGGCGAUAACCGCUCUCGUAACUAGUCUAAUGAAUUCAGCACAACAGUACUGCAACCAACAAGCGGCAGCGAACCAGAACGCGGCUAAAUCAGUUGUGAGCACGGCGAGCAGUAACCCGACGAUACUGAACCUACUCAACAGUGCCCCGGCGGCCAUGACCCACGUCACGUCCAGCACCGAGAACUCUAUAGACGCCCACAAGCUGCUCGGCAGGGUCUCCCUAGCCGGGGCCAGGCUGAUAGCCGCCACCACUGCCUCGCACACCAUACCUACUUACACUCAGCAGGGAGUCGGCGUUCAAGUAAUGAGUGGGUAUACCCGGGACAGCGAAGCAAUUAACGUGUCGAGUAGUGAAAGCGCGUUAUUAGAACGGUUGAUAGGAUCAGAUGCACCCAACGCGUCAGCCUCACAACCACAACCUGUUUGUCAUUUGCAGGGUUUAAGUUUAGCGUCCUUACAAGGCUUACAAGGAAUUCAAGGUCUACAGAACGUUCAGGUUCAGAUCCCGGGUCUCUCGGCGCCGAUAUCAUUGUCUUUGAACGUGUCCGGGGCACCCAGCGGCCUGCUCGUCUCCGUACCGCCCACCACUUCGGUCGUGCUAACGAAUCAACCGUCGGUACUGUCGCUGCCAAUUGCUCAGCUAAUGCAAGGCGGCGUGAAGAGUGCAGUCCGUGGCGGCACGGUGCAGGUGGUGCGCGCCGCCCGCCCCGCGCCCCGCCCCGCCCACACCCCCGCGCACACGCCCGCACACACACCCACGCACACGCCCUCACACACGCCCACGCACACGCCAGCAGGAACCGCCCAGUUCAUAACGCAGGCGCAAGCGCAAACAUUAACGGCUCAGCAGGUCCGAAGAAAAUCGAACGCAGACAGUUCAUAGUAGUGAAUUCGGACUUUCGGACUUUAUGUCCUACUAGUGAAAACAAAAUGUUUACCUAAUUAAUAGAUAAAUUAUUGAAAAAAAAA